UCCCGCUGGGGCAGGAGGAGGAGGAGGGAGAGCCAAGGGGGCUGUGAGUGAGGGGGAGAAGCUGGGUGUGAGCCGGACUUGCCCGCGGGAGGGAGAACGAGCGAGAGCCGAGCCAGCCUUCCGAGCCGCCUCCUCCUCCUCCCCUCGGCGUCCCGCCCCCGCCUGCCAGCCCGCCCUCCUCCCUGCUCUGCUCGCAGAGCUCGAUCGAGUGAGGCGCAGCUCGGCUAGCGCCGUUGUCCGGGACAGGUGUGCGCGCGCGCGCCCUCCUCCCCUCCCCCUUUCCUCGCGCUUGCCUAGCGCCUGCCUCGCGCGCGCCCUUCCUCCCUCCAGCCUGCGCCCUCCCUCACCUGCGGCAGGACAGCGCCCGCCCGCCUGGAUCUCGCGAGAGUGGCUGACUGGCUGUGGGGGUUGCGGCGGCAGCAGGCGGAGCCGGGGAGGGAAAGCAGCGGCGGCUGAGGCGACUGAGGCGGCGGGCGGAGCGGCAGGCGGCGGCGGCGCGGCAGCGGAGCGCAGCAUCAUGGCGGACCGAGACAGCGGCAGCGAGCAGGGUGGUGCGGCUCUGGGCUCGGGCGGCUCCCUGGGGCACCCGGGCUCAGGCUCCGGCUCCGGCGGGGGCGGUGGUGGCGGCGGGGGCGGCGGCGGCAGUGGUGGCGGCGGCGGCGGCGGGGCCCCGGGGGGGCUGCAGCACGAGACGCAGGAGCUGGCCUCCAAGCGGGUGGACAUCCAGAACAAGCGCUUCUACCUGGACGUGAAGCAGAACGCCAAGGGCCGCUUCCUCAAGAUCGCUGAGGUGGGCGCGGGCGGCAACAAGAGCCGUCUCACUCUCUCCAUGUCAGUGGCUGUGGAGUUCCGCGACUACCUGGGCGACUUCAUCGAGCACUACGCACAGCUGGGCCCCAGCCAGCCGCCCGACCUGGCCCAGGCACAGGACGAGCCGCGCCGGGCGCUCAAGAGCGAGUUCCUGGUGCGCGAGAACCGCAAGUACUACAUGGAUCUCAAGGAGAACCAGCGCGGCCGCUUCCUGCGCAUCCGCCAGACGGUCAACCGGGGGCCUGGCCUGGGCUCCACGCAGGGCCAGACCAUUGCGCUGCCCGCGCAGGGGCUCAUCGAGUUCCGUGACGCUCUGGCCAAGCUCAUCGACGACUAUGGAGUGGAGGAGGAGCCGGCCGAGCUGCCCGAGGGCACCUCCUUGACUGUGGACAACAAGCGCUUCUUCUUCGAUGUGGGCUCCAACAAGUACGGUGUGUUUAUGCGAGUGAGUGAGGUGAAGCCCACCUACCGCAACUCCAUCACCGUGCCCUACAAGGUGUGGGCCAAGUUUGGACACACCUUUUGCAAGUACUCGGAGGAGAUGAAGAAGAUUCAAGAGAAGCAGAGGGAGAAGCGGGCUGCCUGUGAGCAGCUCCACCAGCAGCAGCAGCAGCAGCAGGAGGAGACUGCCGCUGCCACCCUGUUACUGCAGGGUGAGGAGGAAGGGGAAGAAGAUUGAUCAAACUGAAUGAAAACUCCCACACACACAUGCAUACACACAUACACACACACACAGCCACAAACACAGAGAAAAUAUACUGUAAAGAAAGAGAGAAAAUAAAAAGUUAAAAAGUUAAAAAAAAAAAAAGAUAUAACUGUUAACUCCAAGGGAGCACCACCCACAGAACCUCCACCAACUGACAGUUUCUCUUCUUGACUUGCCACCCAUCGCUGGAUGUUGUCCACUUUAUCCACCAUAUAAAACAGUAAGCAGCUGCUAAAAACAAAAAAAUACAAAAAGUAAUAACAUUAUAUGAACUGUGUUUCCUACUUGAUUAAAAAAUAUAAAGAACUGAGUGUUUAUUUCCCUAAUUAACCAAGAACUUUUGUACACGUUUAAGCUAUUAUUAUUAAAGUGUUUGCAAAAUGGUCAAGAUUAUAAUAUUGCUGAAUUAUAUAAAAGUCCUUUUCAUGUUGAGCUAACAUUUGACUUUAGCACAAAAAAAGAGAUAUUUUAGAACACGUAAAAUAAUAUUUUUAGUUUUUCUCAUUUUGUUACCAAAUUUCAAACCUUACAUGGAGGUUAUUAUAGUAUAUUUGACACCCUAUAUACCUGUGAUUAGAGAUGUGUAUAUAUAUGAGGGCUAGGCAUGCUGUGUGUCUGAGCUUUGUCUAAAUGUUAUGCAGAAGUUUGUAGAGUUAAAGGUACGUAGGUUUAAUUCAUGCAAGGUAAACAAUAAGUGCUCUCUUUUAUACAAUAUGCAUUGCAUCUGGACCUUAAACAUAUAAAAAUGGUCAGUGAAACUUCUGUGAACAUGAAGAAAUUAUUAAAAAAAGGCAUUUAAAUGAAAUUUGCUAAGUUGUGAUUUUUAUGGUUGGAACCAAAGUUAUUCAAAUAGUAAAAGGAAAAAGAAAGAAAGAAAAAGGAAAUCUCCCAUAAUAUUUUUCUGCAUCUGUUUGCUUUGAGUAGGUGUUUUGUCAUUAUUGUGUAUAUGAGAUGUACUUGUAUCGUUCAUAAUAUAUUUUUUUUAUUAUGUGUAGAAAGAUUUUAAAAAACUAACGUGCAGCAAUUUCCAGUGAACCUGUACUUGGACAUCAGGUAGUGAGUCUAUUUGUGGUCACUAGCACUGUCUCCUAAACUUGUAAGAGGUCUGAAGCUAUCCUUUGAUUUUUGCCAGUGCUGUUAACUAUGUAGACCUGUUAAAAAGCAGAGCAACACAAUUAGUUAUCCUACUGAGCCAUGGAUUCUGAGUUUAAAAAUGAAAGCCAAGUUGGUGUAUGUAAAGGAUUUCCAUGUAGCUGAGGUGCUAGUUAUUACUGGCUACAUUAUAUGCUAAGUGUAUUUGUGUUCCCCAAGUGUAAAAGCCUUCUAUCAAAAGUAUGUUCUAUAACUCAUAUAUUCAAGGUGUAGGGUAUGAAAAUGCAAAGCUUAGGAGAGCACUUUAUCAAGCUGGUGUCCUCCAAACUGAAAUUGUUUGUAACGAUAGUCUUUUACAGGUUUUCAUUUAAAGAUGUUUGUGUGCUUUUAAUUGACAACUAACUUCUUGCUGCUGUAUAGUAAAAUAUUAAUAUAUUUUUAUCAUUAAACUGCUGCAUGACUAUCA